CCCGCUAGGAGUAACCAUGACCGAAUAAAACAUGAGGACCUGAGACGACUUGUAACAUACCUGUCAACUGUGCCCAGUGAGGACGUGUGUAAGAGAGGCUUCACUGUGAUUAUCGAUAUGCGCGGCUCUAAGUGGGAACUGAUAAAGCCGUUACUGAAGACCCUGCAAGAAGCGUUUCCAGCUGAGAUCUGCGUCGCUCUCAUCAUCAAACCAGACAACUUCUGGCAGAAACAGAAGACCAACUUCGGCAGUGCCAAGUUCACCUUUGAGACUAGCAUGGUGUCUGUGGAGGGUUUGACCAAACUAGUGGACCCGUCUCAGUUAACGGACGACUUUGAGGGAUCUCUGGAAUAUAAUCAUGAGGAAUGGAUCGAGCUCCGGGUUGCUCUCGAGGAGUUCCUGGCCAGUGCCGUUCACCUCCUCUCCCGUCUGGAAGAUCUGCAGGAGAUGUUGGCUAAGAAGGAGUUCCCGGUGGACGUGGAGGGAUCUCGGAGACUCAUCGAUGAGCACACUCAGCUGAAGAAGAAGGUGAUGAAGGCUCCAGUGGAAGAGCUGGACCACGAAGGUCAAAGACUGUUGCAGUGUAUCCGUUCCAGCGAUGGCUUCUCAGGGAGGAACUGUAUUUCUGGAAGUGCCGACUUCCAGAGUGUGGUUCCGAAGAUUGCCAGUCUGCUGGAUAAACUCCACAGCACCAGACAGCACCUGCACCAGAUGUGGCACCUCAGAAAACUGAAGCUAGAUCAGUGUUUUCAGCUCCGACUCUUUGAACAGGAUGCAGAGAAGAUGUUUGACUGGAUCAGUCACAAUAAGGAGUUGUUUCUUAAGAGCCACACAGAGAUCGGUGUGAGCUACCAGCAUGCUGUGGAGCUACAGACUCAGCACAACCACUUCGCCAUGAACUCAAUGAAUGCCUAUGUGAACAUAAACCGCAUCAUGUCAGUGGCGUCCCGGCUGUCGGAGGCAGGUCACUACGCGACUCAGCAGAUCAAGCAGAUCAGCACUCAGCUCGAUCAGGAGUGGAAGAGCUUUGCCGCUGCUCUUGAUGAACGCAGCACCAUCCUUGCCAUGUCUGCUGUCUUCCAUCAGAAAUCUGAGCAGUUUCUGUCUGGCGUGGAAGCGUGGUGUAAGAUGUGCAGUGAGGGUGGGCUGCCAUCAGAGAUGCAGGAUCUGGAAUUGGCCAUCCAUCAUCAUCAGACGCUCUAUGAACAGGUCACUCAAGCUUAUACAGAGGUGAGUCAGGAUGGUAAGGCUUUGCUUGACGUUCUUCAGCGGCCGUUGAGUCCUGGUAACUCAGAGUCUCUGACUGCAACAGCUAACUACUCUAAAGCCGUGCACUGUAUUCUGGACGUGGUCCAUGAGGUCCUGCAUCACCAGAGACGUCUGGAGAACAUCUGGCAGCACCGUAAAGUUCGUCUGCAUCAGAGACUGCAGCUCUGUGUCUUCCAGCAGGACGUCCAACAGGUGAUUGACUGGAUAGAGAACCACGGGGAGGCUUUCCUCAGUAAACACACAGGUGUGGGCAAAUCCCUGCACAGAGCCAGAGCCCUCCAGAAACGCCAUGAUGACUUUGAGGAGGUGGCACAGAACACUUACACUAAUGCAGAUAAACUCCUGGAAGCGGCUGAGCAGUUGGCCCAGACAGGCGAGUGUGACCCUGAGGAGAUCUACAAGGCAGCGCGACACCUGGAGGUCAGGAUCCAGGACUUUGUGAGGAGAGUGGAGCAAAGAAAACUACUGCUGGACAUGUCCGUCUCCUUCCACACGCACACUAAAGAGUUAUGGACGUGGAUGGAGGACCUGCAAAAGGAGCUGCUGGACGACGUUUGUUCGGACUCGGUUGAUUCGGUUCAGGAGCUGAUAAAGCAGUUUCAGCAGCAGCAGACGGCCACACUGGAGGCCACACUCAACGUCAUCAAAGAGGGAGAAGACCUCAUGCAACAGCUCAGAGACUCAGCGAUGAGCAGUAAUAAGAUGCCUCACACGAGCUCGAUCGCUCACAUCGAGGGCGUCCUACAGCAGCUCGAGGAGGCCCAGGGCCACAUGGAGGAACUUUUCCACGAGAGGAAGAUCAAACUUGACAUCUUCCUGCAACUGCGCAUCUUUGAGCAGUACACCAUUGAGGUAACAGCAGAGUUAGACGCGUGGAAUGAGGACCUGGUUCGACAGGUAAACGACUUCAGCGCAGAAGAACCCAGUCUGGCCGAACAGAGACUCCAGCGGCACGCAGAGAGAAAGCUGGCCAUGAACAACAUGACCUAUGAGGUUAUGCAGCAGGGUCAAGACCUGCACCAGUACAUCAUGGAGGUCCAAGCCUCAGGUAUUGAGUUGACCGGUGAGAAGGAGGUGGAUCUGGCCACUCAAGUUCAGGAGUUGUUGGAGUUUCUUCAUGAGAAACAACAUGAGCUGGACUUGAGUGCUGAACACACACAGAAACACCUGGAGCAGGUUGUGCAGCUGCGCCACCUACAGGCUGAGGUUAAACAGGUCCUGGGUUGGAUUCGUAACGGCGAGUCUAUGUUGGAUGCCAGUAUGGUGAACGCAAGCUCACUGUCAGAGGCUGAACAACUACAGAGAGAACAUGAACAGUUCCAGCUCGCGAUAGAGUCUUUGUUCCAUGCUAACUCUCUCCAGAAGACCCAUCAGAGCGCACUCCAGGUGCAGCAGAAGGCUGAGAUCCUGUUGCAGGCGGGACACUUCGACCCCGAGGCCAUCCGCAGCUGUGCUGAGAAGGUGGCGGUACACUGGCAGCAGCUCAUGCUGAAGAUGGAGGACAGACUCAAGCUGGUCAACGCCUCCGUGGCCUUCUAUAAGACGUCAGAACAGGUGUGUAGUGUGCUGGAGAGUCUGGAGCAGGAGUACCGUCGAGAUGAGGACUGGUGUGGAGCUCAUGAUAAACUGGGAUCUUCAGCAGAGACGGAUCAUGUUCUGCCUCUCAUCAGCAAACACCUGGAGCAGAAAGAGGCUUUUCUCAAGGCAUGUACUCUGGCCAGGCGAAAUGCUGAGGUUUUCCUGAAAUACAUCCAUCGGAAUAACGUCAGCACUCAGGGGUCAUCCACCAACACCCGUGGACCUGAGCAACAGGUCAAAGCCAUCCUGAAUGAACUGUUACAGAGGGAAAACAGAGUUCUGCAUUUCUGGACCAUGAAGAAGCGGCGUUUGGACCAGUGUCAGCAGUAUGUGGUGUUUGAACACAGUGCCAAACAGGCAUUAGAGUGGAUACAGGAGGCAGGAGAGGUCUAUCUCAACACUCACACAUCUCCCGGAGACUCUGUGGAGAAAUCUCAGGAGCUGCUGAAAGAAUAUGAGGAAUUCCGCAUCUCUGCCAAGCAAACUAAGGACAAAGUGAAGAUGCUGAUCCAGCUGGCAGAUAACUUCGUGGAGAAGGGACACAUGCACGUUACGGAGCUGAAGAAGUGUGUGACGGCGGUCGACAAGCGUUACAGAGACUUCUCCCUCCGCAUGGGCAAAUACCGCUGCAGUCUGGAGAGCGUGCUGGGCAUCAGCUCGGAGGAUAAUAAGGAUCUGGAAUUGGAUAUUAUCCCAGCCAGUCUGACCGACCCAGAGGUCAAACUGCGUGACCCUAACCAUGAGGUGAACGAGGAAAAGAGGAAAUCAGCCCGGAAGAAAGAGUUUAUUAUAGCAGAGCUGUUACAGACAGAAAAGGCUUAUGUGAGGGACAUACAUGAAUGUUUAGAGACAUAUUUGUGGGAGAUGACCAAUGGUGUCGAGGAAAUCCCUCCAGGAAUCGCCAAUAAAGAGCACAUCAUUUUCGGAAACAUUCAGGAGAUUUAUGACUUCCACAACAAUAUAUUCCUGAAAGAGCUGAUCAAUUAUGAGCAGUUACCCGAGGACGUGGGCCAUUGCUUUGUUACAUGGGCUGACAAGUUUAAUAUUUAUGUGACGUACUGCAAAAACAAACCAGAUUCCAGUCAGCUCAUCCUGGAGCAUGCUGGGAGUUUUUUUGACGAGAUCCAGAAGAGACACGGUCUGACCAACUCUAUAUCAUCAUACCUCAUCAAACCUGUGCAGAGAAUCACCAAAUACCAGCUGCUGCUCAAGGAGCUGCUGUCCUGCUGUGAAGAAGGCAAAGGUGAAAUUAAAGAUGGGCUGGAGGUCAUGCUGAGCGUGCCAAAGAGAGCCAACGACGCCAUGCACGUCAGCAUGCUGGAGGGUUUUGAUGAGAAUCUGGAUGUUCAGGGUGAACUCAUCCUGCAGGACACCUUCCAGGUGUGGGACCCCAAAUCCCUGAUCCGUAAGGGACGAGACCGUCACCUCUUCCUCUUCGAGAUCUCCCUCGUCUUCAGCAAAGAGAUCAAAGACUCUGCGGGACGAUCCAAAUACAUCUACAAGAACAAACUACUGACAUCUGAAUUGGGGGUAACAGAGCAUGUGGAGGGAGACCCGUGUAAAUUUGCCCUUUGGGUGGGACGCACACCCUCGUCUGACAACAAGACUGUCCUCAAGGCGUCCAGUAUUGAGGUGAAGCAAGAAUGGAUUAAAAACAUCCGAGAGGUCAUCCAGGAGAGAAUCAUUCACCUGAAGGGGGCGCUGAAGGAACCGAUCCACGUUCCCAAAAGACCAGCCAAACCCCGGAACAACAGCAAGAGGGACACUGGAGAUGAUGCUGACAGUCAGGGAGAUGGCAGCAGUCAGCCGGACACCAUCUCCAUCGCAUCUAGAACCUCCCAGAACACUAUGGACAGUGACAAGCUCUCUGGAGGGUGUGAGCUGACGGUGGUCCUGCAGGACUUCGUGUCGAGCAGCACGUCCGAGCUCAGCAUCCAGACCGGUCAGACGGUGGAGCUGUUGGAGCGUCCUGGAGACCGGCCGGGAUGGUGUCUGGUCCGGACCACAGACAAGACCCCGUCUCAGGAGGGACUGGUGCCCAGCAGCGCUCUCUGCAUCUCUCACUCGCGCAGCAGUGUGGAGAUGGACUGCUUUUUCCCAGCGGGCAAAGAAAACUAUACAGUUAGCGGUCCUGAAGGGAAGACCGAGUCCGUGACUACACUGCAGCCACAACCAUCCCUGAACUCCCUGCAGAGUAGCUCCCCUGGACCCAAGCGCUCUGGGAAUACACUGAAGAAAUGGUUGACCAGCCCCGUACGGCGUCUCAGUCAUGGCAGCAACAUCAAGAAGAUCCCUAGCAAACAGAAGCAGAAACGUGAUGGACGCAAGAGCAUUGAUCUGGGGCCACCCGAACUACAGGAUGACACCCUGGAAGAGAGAGUGCGUAAAGAAGAGGGAACACUCUCCAAAUCUUCAUCAGGAAUGCACAGUGGAGGGGAGGAAGAGCCAGAGGACGAGUCACACACUCCCCUCCCUCCUCCAAUGGAGAUCAUCAAAGACCCCUCUGCUCAAGAAGAGAAGUCUUCUGUGCUGAUGGCUUCACGGCAGAGCUCGGCUGAUAUCCCCAGUGCUGCUGAACUUGUCAGUGCUAUAGAGAAACUGGUCAAAACUAAGAUGACACUGGAGCCAGGAUCAUACCCAGGAUUCAGCACCGUGAACCCAGCGGAGCAAAGCCCCUUGCCACCCAGAAACCCUGAGCUGGAGCAGAAAGCCAAAGCACUGCGUGGACGAAUGUUUGUUCUGAAUGAAUUAAUCCAGACAGAAAAAGACUACGUGAAAGAUUUGGGUAUCGUGGUUGAGGGGUUUAUGAAGAGAAUAGAGGAAAAAGGAGUUCCCGAUCAUAUGAAAGGAAAAGAUAAGAUCGUCUUUGGAAACAUUCACCAAAUAUACGACUGGCACAAAGAUUUUUUUGUUGGUGAACUGGAAAAAUGUCUUGAAGAUCAAGAAAAACUGCCUGAGCUGUUUAGUAAACAUGAGAGAAGGCUGCACAUGUAUGUGGUUUACUGUCAGAACAAACCCAAAUCUGAAUUCAUCGUUGCAGAAUACGAUUCAUAUUUCGAGGGGAUUCAGCAAGACAUCAACUCGAGACUGGGCAUCAGUGAUUUUCUCAUUAAACCCAUUCAGAGAAUUACUAAAUACCAGCUUUUAUUAAAGGACUUCUUAAAGUACAGCAUCAAGGCAGGGUUGGAUUGUCAGUAUAUAGAGAAAGCAGUAGACCUGAUGUCCCAGGUGCCCAAGCUGUGCAAUGACAUGAUGAAUCUGGGAAGACUGCAGGGAUAUGAGGGGAAGUUGACGAGCCAGGGAAAGCUUUUGCAGCAGGAGACGUUUUUUGUGACGGAGCAGGAUUCUGGCGUUCUGUCUCGCAGUAAAGAGCGCAGGGUGUUCCUGUUUGAACAGAUCGUCAUCUUCAGCGAGCUCUUACGCAAAGGCUCGUCCAUACCAGGAUACCAGUUUAAAAAGAGCAUCAAGGUGAACCUCCUCGGUCUGGAAGAGCAUGUUGAAAACGAUCCGUGUAAGUUUGUGCUGUGGUGUCGUGGGUCAUCCGAACGUUUUACCCUGCAAGCGGCAAACACGGACAUCAAACAGGUCUGGGUUCAGCAUAUCACCGAUCUACUAGACUUACAGAGCAACUUCUUGUCAGCUCUGCAGUCACCCAUCGAGUAUCAGAAGGAGCGCAGCGGCUCUCAAUCUCUGACCCGAAACUCCUCCAGCAGUGGGCGAGUGGGUCAGUCCAACAGCAGGCCCAGCUCCACUGUGUCACUGGGAGCAGAGAAACCCUCUCUGUCUGGACGGAGCUCCACCCCGAUAAAGCUAUCUACCUCCAACGGUGGGCCGUGCCACGACUCGGACAGAUACCAAAGGUUUGACGGCGGGGGCUGUAACGGGACGUCGUCGUCCAUGAUGGUGACUCAGGACUAUAACGCACUGAAGGAGAACGAGAUCUGUGUCACGCAGGGUGAGACAGUGCAGAUACUGGCCACGAACCAGCAGAACAUGUACCUGGUGUUUCGACCCGCUAACAGCCAAUCACCAGCUGCGGAGGGCUGGGUCCCGGGACACAUCUUGGGCCCCCUCACUAAACCCCUCAUAGACACUACUGCAGACUCAAACAUCAAGUAAGUGUCAGUCAAUACUAACUGGAGCUAUGAUUGGAUUAUUUCUUUUUUUUUUUCUUAAACUGCACGCCCGUUUUUGAACACCCUCCCCCACCCCGUUCUGUUGGAACUAACCCGGAUGCUUUGGACCAUUUUGCACGGGAAGAUUUGAUUUUCUUCUUGAGCUUUUCUUUUUUUUCUGGGCUAGAAGUUAAAAACAAACAGAUAAAUGUCGAAAGGACUUUACGUCGUUGUUAUUUUGUGUAGACUGAGGAGUUGCCAAGAAUCUUACAUCAGUGUGGAAAUGGACACGUCUGGACACUUAUUUCAGUUGCUAACACCAUUUUCGUUGUUUAUUUUGUUUUUUGUUGAUAUGAUUUUUGUUUUUGUGUGUUUGUAAAGAAAAAAGAAAAAGUGAAAGGAAGGCCGUCUGAAGGUUUUGGCCUCUUUCUCCUGGCGGAGAACAUAUACUGUUGUCUAUGGCAAUUUUUUUAUUGGUUGUGUAUUUGUUUUAAGUAUUUGUAUUUUUGUAUAGACUUUUGUUUUCUUCUACAGGAUCACAUGUUGGCCAUUUACUGUACAUACUGUUGGUUUGUUUACUGUUUGUAGCACAUUCCUGUAAAGAGCCUUUUGCACUAUUUAAGUGAAUCUUUAUUAAUGAAGUCAGGUUUGUGCAAUAGAACUACAGUUGCAAUGUUGUAGUGUAACUAAUGAUUUGAAAUGUAUUAUAUUAAAUAUGUAAAAUAAAAUUUUGACAUGCGCAUGACUUAACGCGGCUCAGUCAAAUAGACUGCUUUUGUUUUAAUAUAAAAUAAAAGUGCCAACUGAAUGCUAAUCGUA